CAGUGGGCCGCUAGCUCUUCUUUGGUACAGAUGUGCGUAUAGCUGCUUCGCGCCAAGUCCGUAUUUUUAACAUAUCGACGAAAAGUGGUGGCAUUUUGUAAAAUCAGCAAACAGUGAUCAGAGAUGGUGCGUACCUACGUACGAAAAACGGAGAGGCAGAUGUGGUCCAGCGAGUCAAUGGAAUUAGCUGUGCAAGCUGUUGUUAAUGGACAAAUGGGUUAUAAAAAGGCAUCCGUUUAUUAUAAAGUGCCUUCAAGCACUUUGGAAAGAUAUGUUAAGAAGAAAAAGAACAAUGAACAAUCUUUUGUCGAAAAAACCGCAGGCAAAUAUAAAUUGGUCUUUUCAGCUUCGCAAGAAGCUGAAUUGGUUAACUAUUUGAAAGAUAUACAAAAGAGACUUUUUGGAAUCACUUUAAAAGAACUGAGAGAACUCGCAUAUGAACUUGCGAUAAAGAACAAAUUGGAUCAUCCGUUCAAAGAUGGAAAGGCUGGAGAAGAUUGGGCUAAAAAUGUUAUGAAGCGUCAUCAAGAUCUUAGCUUACGAAAGCCGGAAGCAACAUCAGGUGCUCGCGCAAGAGGCUUUAAUAAGGUGGUAGUAAAAGAAUUUUUCGACCUACUGACAAAAAUAAUUGACGAGCAUCAACUUAGCGCUGAAAGGAUAUUUAACAGUGACGAAACGGGUAUAACAGUUAACCCAAAGCAACUGUCUAAAGUUAUUGCUACAAAAGGACAACGACAGGUUGCCGCUUUAACAUCUGCCGAACGAGGUACUACGGUUACUGUAGAGAUGUGUAUCUCAGCUAGCGGAUGUUUCAUGCCUCCCAUGCUAGUAUUUCCUAGAAAACGAAAGCAAAGGGAAUUUGAAGUUGGCUUACCUCCAGGUGGUUGGGCAGAAAACAAUGAAUCGGGGUGGAUGACGACCGAGAUUUUUAUGAGGUGGUUUGUCAAGUUCAUAGAAUUCUCAAAUGCUAAGAAAGACAAGCCAGUCCUUUUGCUAGUUGAUGGACAUUCUUCGCAUACUAAAAACAUCCAAGUUAUUGAUGCUCCGCGAGAGAAUGGUAUAAUAAUUCUAUGCUUCCCGCCGCACUGCACUCAUAGACUCCAGCCUCUGGAUGUAUCAGCUAUGAAACCAUUAAGCAAACAUUACGAAGAUGAAGUAAGAAAGUGGCUACGUUUAAAUCCGGGCAAAGUAGACACUAUGUUCGAAAUAGCAAAAUUGUUUGGGCAAGCGUUCUGCGUUCUACAAAUUUAAGAACAGCUAUUAAUGGCUUCGAGAA